UGUGCCACAAUAAACUGUCAUUAUCCAUUACCUAAUAAAACGGAACAAAAAAAACCACCAAUACUAAGUUUGCUAACGAUGUCCUGGCUUGCGAAUAGUUUCCGCAAGGCAAUCACCUUUACUAAUGUUCAUCAACAAGUUUUACAAAAAUGGAUCACAUCAACCACAUCAAUUACUUCAACAGCCGCCAAUGCAGCCGGCUUUCGCUACAUAUCAUUUGAAGAAAAGCGUGCCAAAGGCCCACUAAUUCGACGGUAUGGUUACAAAAAUCGCCUGCAUCAACGUGGUUUGCUUCCACAUUGGGAUAAUGGACAAAAAUUGCCAAUGCCCGAUUAUCGACCCAAAAAUGUGUGGUCUGAGAAGCGUGCACUUUUUGGUCAAAAUGAUUACAUUGACAUACUUGGCUCGGAUCGUUUGCAUCCUACACGUGUACUGUAUUCAGUGCCAUCAUGGUUACGUGGUGUCUCCGGCAAUGAAUAUCAAGUGCUGCUACGUAAACGAAAAAUGCUUGCCAAAACAAAGUAUCCAAUUGCGCGACCAACCAAAUGGAAGCAAUUGCAGAAACGGAUACUUUACCUGUAUCGAUUCCUCAAUCGCAAAACUAAAACAAGUUUCUCAAAACAAUAAAAUUACUAUGUAUCUGAGUGGAAGCGAAGUUGGGGGAAACAAAUUCAUAUAUAACUUUUGUGUUCAAUACCUUAUGGAAUAGUAAGAGAAGAGUGUUUUGUAAAUUUCUCCAUUAAUAUAAUAACAAAUGUUAUAAUGGGUUGUUGUUGUGCAUUAUGGAAAUUACUGAAUACAAUGUGACGUGCAUUUUCAUUUUUUUUUCAAAUAAAAUAAAAAUAAUCGUAUCUAAGUA